CUCCGCUCUCCGUGGCUAGUGGCCGGCGGUCCCGUUAGGUGCGAGGAGGAGACGAUGGCGGCGUGCGCGAUGAGGCUGCUAACCACACUGCUGGCUGUCGCCGCCGCCGCCUCCCGGGCCGAGGUCGAGUCCGAGGAGGGACGAGACUUGGCGCCUGAUCUGCUCUUCGCCGAGGGGACCGCGGCCUACGCGCGCGGGGACUGGGCCGGGGUGGUCCUGAACAUGGAGCGGGCGCUGCGCUCGCGGGCCGCCCUGCGCGCCCUCCGCCUGCGCUGCCGAACCCGCUGUGCCGCCGACUUCCCGUGGGAGCUGGACCUGGACUCGCCCGCGAGCCUGGCCCAGGCCUCGGGCGCCGCCGCCCUGCACGACCUGCACUUCUUCGGGGGCCUGCUGCGCCGCGCCGCCUGCCUGCGCCGCUGCCUCGGGCCGCCAGCCGCCCACUCGCUCAGCGAGGAGCUGGAGCUGGAGUUCCGCAAGCGGAGCCCUUACAACUAUCUGCAGGUCGCCUACUUCAAGAUAAACAAGUUGGAGAAAGCCGUAGCAGCAGCACACACCUUCUUCGUGGGCAAUCCUGAGCACAUGGAGAUGCGGCAGAACCUAGACUACUACCAAACCAUGUCUGGAGUGAAGGAGGCCAGCUUCAAGGAUCUUGAGGCCAAACCACAUAUGCAGGAAUUUCGGCUGGGAGUGCGACUCUACUCAGAGGAACAGCCGCAGGAAGCUGUGCCCCACCUAGAGGCGGCGCUGCAAGAGUACUUUGUGGCCAAUGAGGAGUGCCGUGCCCUCUGCGAAGGGCCCUAUGACUACGACGGCUACAACUACCUCGAGUACAAGGCUGACCUCUUCCAGGCCAUCACAGAUCAUUACAUCCAGGUCCUCAGCUGUAAGCAGAGCUGUGUCACUGAACUCGCUUCCCACCCAAGUCGAGAAAAGCCCUUUGAAGACUUCCUCCCGUCACAUUAUAAUUAUCUGCAGUUUGCCUACUAUAACAUUGGAAACUAUACACAGGCUAUUGAAUGCGCCAAGACCUAUCUCCUCUUCUUCCCCAACGAUGAGGUGAUGAGCCAGAAUCUGGCCUACUACGCAGCUAUGCUUGGAGAAGAACAGGCCAGAUCCAUUGGCCCCCGCGAGAGUGCCCAGGAGUACCGCCAGCGAAGCCUGCUGGAGAAAGAACUGCUUUUCUUCGCUUAUGAUGUUUUUGGAAUUCCCUUUGUGGAUCCGGAUUCAUGGACUCCAGAAGAGGUGAUUCCCAAGAGAUUGCAAGAGAAACAGAAGUCAGAACGGGAAACAGCUGUACGCAUCUCCCAGGAGAUCGGAAACCUCAUGAAAGAGAUUGAGACCCUUGUGGAAGAGAAGACCAAGGAGUCGUUGGAUGUGAGCAGGCUGACCCGGGAAGGUGGCCCCUUGCUGUAUGAAGGCAUCAGCAUCACCAUGAACUCCAGACACUUGAAUGGUUCCCAGCGGGUGGUGAUGGAUGGCGUAAUCUCUAACGAUGAGUGUCAGGAGCUGCAGAGACUGACCAACGUGGCAGCAGUUUCAGGAGAUGGCUACCGGGGUCAAACCUCCCCACAUACCCCCAACGAAAAGUUCUACGGAGUCACUGUCUUCAAAGCCCUUAAGCUGGGGCAGGAAGGGAAGGUCCCUCUGCAGAGCGCCCACCUGUACUACAAUGUGACCGAGAAGGUGCGGCGCGUCAUGGAGUCCUACUUCCGCCUGGACACCCCCCUCUACUUCUCCUACUCCCACCUGGUGUGCCGCACGGCAAUUGAAGAGGCACAGGCUGAGAGGAAGGACAGUAGCCAUCCAGUCCAUGUGGACAACUGCAUCUUGAACGCUGAGACCCUUGUGUGCAUCAAGGAGCCUCCUGCCUACACCUUCCGGGACUACAGUGCCAUCCUUUACCUAAAUGGGGACUUCGAUGGAGGAAACUUUUAUUUCACUGAACUAGACGCCAAGACCGUGACGGCAGAAGUGCAGCCCCAGUGUGGACGGGCCGUGGGAUUCUCUUCAGGCACUGAGAACCCGCAUGGAGUGAAGGCCGUCACCAGGGGGCAGCGCUGUGCCAUCGCCCUGUGGUUCACCCUGGACCCUCGGCACAGUGAGCGGGACAGGGUGCAGGCAGAUGACCUGGUGAAGAUGCUCUUCAGCCCAGAAGAGGUGGAUCUCCUCCAGGAGCAGCCCCUGGAUUCCCAACUGGGUCCCCCACAACCUGCAGAAGAGUCUCUCUUGGGCAGUGAGUCAAGGCACAAGGACGAGCUAUGACAGCAUCCAGGUCGCACAUGGAUGGUUGAUUAGACCCACAGGGAGGAACUCUGUCCUGCACCCUGGACUGGCCAGCCUCUCAGGGCCAUAGAGCAGUGGUGAACUUACAUCCACUACCCAGUGUGGGGACCCUGCUCACAGCCUCCUGCACAGUGCUGCUGUUCUUGGAGUGAACAUGGCAGGAUGGCUCGCUCCCCUGAGGCCGGCUGAGGCUCAGGACACAGGCCCAGAGUCGUCCCGGGGGCCUGCACAGGUAGCCGCAUGACAGCAAUACAGUAUUUAAGUGUCUGUGUAGACCAAAGAAUAAAUGAUUUGUGUUUUUUUACUUGGUGGUUUGUUCAGAAAGUGGAAAUAUGCCCUUUCUGCCCAAGAGGUCUCACCUGAUAAAAAUUACUCCAGGCAGUAUGUGGUGGAAGGUGCAGCGGGAGAAGGCCUGGCUCAGAACCCAGCUCCACCACUUUCUGUGUGGCCUCAGGCCAGACACUAAGCCUCAGGGACCUCAGGGUUUUCAUCUGUAUAAUGGGGGCCAUAGUCCUCACUCUGCCCCCCUUCUAGGGCAGUUGUGUGGCCCAGAUGCAAUAUCGGAUGUGACAGCACUUUGUAAACUGUAAAGCUCUAGGUGAAUGGUCAGGAUUAUCAUUAAUCCUUUUCUGGCAGGCAGCAGUGGUCAGCAGUGCUCUGGCACAUCGCCCCAUGUCAGCCACAUGCUUCCUGCUCUGCCGCCUGAACCUCAGGGUCUGCGUGUGCAGGACGACACACCUCCAGGAGGCAUAGAGAGUGGAACUGGGCAUCCAGUGCCCUUGCUAUGCUGGAGAUUCUGUAGGGCAGAGUGUGUAGGGAUCUGCACUCUGAGCUUCCAUCUGUUCAAUCAACCAAUAUUUACUCAUUGAGCACCAGCCAGGUGCCUGGUGCUGGGAAUGUGACAGUGGACAAAACAAGUUCCUACCUUCAUAGGGCUUAUGCUCUGUAGGGAGACAGAUAAUAAAAACAUAAGUAGAUAUGUA